AUGCUGGAGCCGCAGCAGCAGCAGCAGCAGCAAGUGCAGCAGCUGCAGCAGCAGCUGCAGCAGCACCUGGAGGCCUCGGGGCUCUCUGAGUUGCUGCUCUCAGGAUGGAGACCUGAGCAGCAAACUGCAGCAGCAGAAGGGGGCCCCCCGGAGGCUGGGAGCUGCCUGGGGCCCCAAUAUGGGUCUGGCAGCAGCAGCAGCAGCAGCAGCAUUAUGUCGGUGAAGCGCGGGGUCACUGCAGCAGCAGCAGCAGCAGCAGCAGCAGCAGCAGCUUCGGGGGGAGCAGCUCCCCUCUUCACGCGCCUCGCCAGAGGAGACCCGCGGGCUUUGCUUCGUGCUGCAGCAGCAGCAGACGCGCUGUCUUGUUUUGCUGCUCCCAAAGCCUCUGCUGCAGCUUCCCGGGGCCCCCCGGGGGCCCCCCUGGAGGGUCCUGGGGGCCCCCUGGGGGCCCCCCCGGAGGGGCCCCCGGGGGAAAAGAAGCUGCCGCGUGUGCCCAUGGGGCCCCCCGCGGUCCCUUCCGGGGGCCCCCCGGGGGGCCCCCCGGGGGCCCCCCCCUGUCCCCCGGGCCCCCCCGAGGGCCUCCCGGGGGCCCCCCCAGGGGGGCCCCC